UAAUAAUUGUUGAUUUUUUUCUAUUUUAAGUAUGAAGCAGUUAAACAUUUGAACUGUUCAUUAUAAUAAAGAAAUACCUGAACAUUUAAUUUAACAUAAACAGUAGAAUACCAAAAAUAUCAAUUUUUUUGGCAAAAUUCAUAAAAUGAUAGCCAGGAAACUGCCUGAGGAACAAACCGAGCAACUCGCCUGUAACGUGGAGGGAUGCGACAUGACUUUCCCCAAUACAAACCAAUUAGAAUGGCACAACAAAAAGCACGACAUGAUGUUGAAAUUGAGCCUAAUAAACCAAACUAACGAGACCAAUAACGAAACACCCACUCCGACCAGGUUCAUAAGGAACUGCGAAGAAGUGGGCCUGUUUCAGGACCUGCAAAACGUGAAUCCCUUCGAUAACAUGUUCAAAAAAGCCGCCGAUUUAGCCAAGAACGGCGUUAUGGCGGAAUUCGAAAGUGCCAAUUCAAACGACAGUUUGCACACCCCUCACAUCUUGCCUCACACCAACGAAACGCCUCACACGGACGACGAAACACAACAAAGCAGGACUUUACCAAUGGACGGCGUAUUUUUCGUGGAAAUGUUCCCAAACAACAGCAACUCCGAUGAAGAACUAAUCAUAAUCGAUGAUGCAGAAGAGAUCUGCAAAAAAUCUUCAGAACCCCCUAAAAAUCCCGACUCAAACGAACCAGUAGCUGCAGCAGAUGAUGAAGGGGACAAAUCAAAGAAACCCGUGAUUAAAUUGGUGCCUGUUAAAAAACUGAUGCCUAAUAAAAAACUGAACUCCAACAAAAGAAGACAGUUGACACAGAAAGAAUGUAACAGGGCGUCCCAAAUGCGGUGCAGGUUAAAGAAGAAGCUGCGGUGGGAUCAAAUGAUCGAAGAUUUGCAGACGCUGAGAGAGGAAAAUAAAAAAUUAAAAUUAGAAUUAACGUUGUUGAUGCAAGAGCAUAGCAAGUGCCCGUCAGUUCCUACUGUUCAGCCUGUCGUCAAAACAGAACCAGCACAACCAACAAGCAGGAUUACGGUACCAACAACGACCUCAACAGUACCAAUAACUUCCCAGUUACCUUUUCUGGUUCAAAUCCUUCCAAAUGGUCCACCGGUAAAACCUUUAGUUACUCCUUGUCCUAAGCCAGUAAAACCAUUAAUCUCUCCUUUGAAACCAUCAAUGCCCUUAAACCCUCCUUUGAGGCCUAAAAGCCUUCCUUUAAGCCCGUUAAACCCUCCAUUGAGACCUAAAAGUCUCCCUUUGAGGCCAUUGAGGCCAUUAAUCACGUCAGUAAACCUUCCUUUGACAUCCACAAAUCUUCCUUUGAUAUCACCGAACACUCCUUUGAGUUCUUCCAAACCUUCUUCGAGAACGUCAAAACCUCGUUUGAGAUCAUCAAAGCCUAAUUUAAGGUCAUCUAAAUCUCCUUCGAGACCCUCGAACCCUCCUUUGAGACCUUUAGUGCCUAAAAGUAUUCCAUUGACAAUUACCGCACCGAUUAUUCCUAUCACUGCGGUCGCACCGACGCCUAGAAAAACAGUGAAGAUAAUAACGGUUGGCGAUAAAAUUGUAGCAGGACGGACGGGGCGCAGGUUUUGUAAUAUCGCUCCCAGGAAAAAAAGUUAAAAUUC